AUUAAAUACAAAUUUUAUUUUCAAAUUUUAAUAAAAAAUACAUAAUAAUUAAAAAAAUUUGAAAAUAAAAGAAAAAAAUUCGAAAAACUCACUUAUAGGUAGAUUAGAAACCAAAAAACUUGCGAAUGCCCAGAUCAAGCCCAGAUCAACCGAUAAACACACCAGAUCUGCAAAAAAAAAUUAUGAGAUUGGAGGAGAAGCUUGCAAUGGAGAGGAAGAAAAAAGACAGAAAAAACAGAGGAAAAUUGUGGAGAAAUCGCAGAAUGGGGGGACGGGCGAACCGAAGGGAAGAAGGCUGCACGCAGCCUUAUCCAGACCGAUACCGGUCCGAAAAACACUGUCAGCGGGACCCAGCGUCCAAUCGCUUCAGAGAUAUUCUCUAAUGGAUAUAUACAGACCGAAACCGAUCCGUAUAUAUUUAGUUAAAUAAUAUUUUAUUCAUAUU